UAUCAGAAGCAGUCAUAAUCAAGAGGCCAGAGAAGCCCAAGGAACAAUCCAGAGAAGCAGACUGCUCACUGGGGCUGCCAGCUGUGCUUUUCCACCAAGAUGCUUUCCACAAACACAAGGACCAGGCAGCUAAAUGGCACCUGUGCCAGCUCAGUGGAUAUGGAGCUCUUUCUCCAUUACUCUCUUCUCCCAUCACUUUUCAUCAUUUUGGUCUUGUCCUUUCUCCAAAGACGAGAGCACUGUAGACAGAGAGGUGACACUUCUUACCUCCUGGGGAACCACUUUGGAAUCAUCAUACCUCUGGACUUCGUGGGCACCUUUAGUAACCGAUGGUCCUAUGGAAUCGCCUUUGGGGCCACAGCCAAUAAGGUCAUGUUCUUGUUCUCAGAAAGCUACCAGCCCCUGCAGGUGCCGCAGUGGGCUCAAGCCUUUGUGCUUCUGAUCGGAGGUAUCGAGGUCGGCCUGUCCCACUUCCCCUUCUUUGCCUGCCUUUCUUCGGAGUUCCGGCUAGUCAGCUCCAUCCUUGGCUUCAGCUACUCUCUGAUCUGGUUUGCUGUCACCCUCUAUCACAUCACACAGUGUCCCCAUGGGCAGUUCGUGGGGAGGUACGAGGCCAUAGUGUUCUACUGGCCCUCGCUGCUGUGCCUGGCCUUCCUGCUGGGCCGCUUCCUGCACACGUUUGUCAAGUCUCUGAGGGUCCGCCUGGGCUGGGAGCUCCCGAUGGAAGAAAAGCCUUUCUUGGAAGUUCACCAGGCCGAGCAUGUCAAAAAGCUCCUGAGGAAGUUGCCCGUGCAGGAGAAAAAAAAGUCUUGGUUUCAAACCAGGGUAUAUGAGUGGGACCCCUGCUUUCAGUUCCCAAGCCGAAUGAUCGGAACCACUGUGUUGGCUUUUAUCUGCCUGUACCUUUUCAUUGCCAUUGAGUUCUACAUGUUCGUGUAUGUGAGAGAUGAGCUGGAUGUGUUUGAAGGUGAAUUGGAGAGCUACCUCACCUCCGUGAACCGGACGGGGACCCUGACCCCAGUCAUCCUGCAGGUGAAGGAGCUGAUGAGCGUUGCCGAAGGAGUCUGGGUGGUGACCAUUUUGCCUGCCUCCCUUACGUGUGUGAGCUACCUGUUUCACAUUUUGGCCUGUUACAGAAAGCACAUGAAGAGGUUGUGGGCAGGAGAUAAACACUUUCUCCCUUUGAAGUUCCACAAUCCUUCCUCGUCGGAGAGUGUGGUGGCCAUUGCAAGGUACUCUGGCUGGCAAAUAGCCUACAUUCUGUGGGGUAAGUGCCAUCACGUGACCCAUUCAACUCAACACGCAUUCCCUGGGCACCUGUGGAGUCCUGGUGUGGGCAAGGAGGAGAGAGGUGAGGCAGAAGCAGCCCCAGCUCCUCCACGAGGGACCUUCAGGAAGGGAGAAGCACACACAUAUAGAUCAUCAUCACCAUCUGUCCUGAGCCCACAGGGCAUAUAUGCUAAGGGUGGUGGUGACCCAGAGCGGGAAGUGACUAUCCACACCCAGGGUAGGGCACAAAUGCUUUCUGGUGAGUUGACAUUUGAACUUCCCCUGCUGGGCGAUGAGAGGUCAGAACUCAAGGUCAGUAAGCUGGGUGGGCAGGUGGCGGUGGGACGCCAGGGGCUCCUCGGUCACCGCACCAUUCAUGGGCACCCCUGCCAGUGUGCCUCCUUCCCCCACAUCCUGCUCUAG